AUGGAUGUCAAUUGUCUGCUACUGUGGAGGCGGGUCAUCAUCCUGGUCGUUACCCCAAUCUCUCUCCUGCCACUCAUUACCUUGUUUGAUAGUAAGGAAAGCAAGUGCUCCUAUGUGGUGAUCCUGAUGGCAGUCUACUGGCUGACCGAGGCUCUACCUGUUGGCAUUACGUCACUCCUGCCCAUCUUCCUCUUCCCGAUGUUUGAGAUUGUGUCGUCUGGCGACAUCGCCUCCAUGUACGUCAAUGACGCCAACAUGCUCUUUCUGGGCGGGCUCUUGAUGUCUGCGGCCAUCGAGUACUGGCAGCUCCACAAGAGGAUAGCGCUGGGCGUGUUGAGAUAUGUGGGGGCGGAGCCAAGAUGGCUCCUCCUGGGCAUGAUGCUGAUCACGUGGUUCACGUCCAUGUGGAUCUCCAACACCGCCACCACCGCCAUGAUGGUGCCCAUCGUCGAAGCCAUCCUCAACCAGUUCAAGGCCUCGGACAUCGAGCACAAGCUGUUCAACACUAGCCCUGAUAACAUGAGCGGAGAUGUGGUGAUGUCGGCCGGGGAUCUGACAGUCUCCACGUCCAGCUCCUCACAGUCAACAGAAGCCACCGGCAAGGCGGAAGAAGGGCCUCUGGAGAAGCAGAAGUCAAGCAUGCAUGAAGCAGACAAGCAGAACCAGGCAGAGACAGACAAGCAGCAGUCUGGUCUGCUCUCAGACUCUCACAUACACACGGACGCUGAGGAGGACAACGACUUCACGCGGUUCGGGAAAGCCCUCUCGCUGAGCGUCUGCUACUCGGCCACCUGUGGGGGGAUCGCCUGCCUCACGGGGACCGACCCCAACCUGGUGCUCAAGUCCUACACUGAUGCGCUGUACUCGGCCCACCAUCUGGACAACCCGGUGACCUUCAUCACGUGGAUGGCGUUCGGCCUCCCCAUCUCCGUCACGGUGCUGCUCGUGUGCUGGGCGUGGCUACAGGUCACCUACAUCAACUCCAGCGCUAGCCCUGGAGAUUUCAAACGAGACGAAUUUUACAAUACCCAAAUGCCCCUCAUCAAGCAGAUUCUAGAAGACGAGUACCAGAAACUAGGACCAUUAGUUCGUGUCACUGUGUUUCGAUCCUACAGGUUCGGCCAAGUACUCAUGAUCAUUCUGUUCGUGUUGCUUGUCUUGCUAUGGGUGACACGUGACAUGGGUGGUUUGACCGGAUGGGGAGUGUUUUUUGAUCCUCCAGUGAAGGAUGGAGCUCCCGCCAUUUUCAUGGCCGUGUUGUUGUUUUGUCUGCCCUCUACUGCCCCCUGGUUGACCUCCUAUAAUGACCCUAAACAUCCCGAACAGUGGAAGAGGAAGAAGGGUCAUCACAAGCACAAACAGGCGGCAAGAGUUGGAAGCUUAGUUAUUCGACCUUUGCUGACUUGGAAUGUAGCACAACAGAAAGUGCCCUGGCAUAUUUUCUUGUUGCUGGGUGGCGGAUAUGCCCUGUCUAAAGGCAGUGAGAAGUCUGGUCUGUCUACCCUGAUCGGCAAUCAGCUUGUGAUCCUGAACGGCUGGAACCAGUGGGGGAUCCUGAUCGUCAUCUGCUACCUAACGGCAGCCACCACAGAGAUCACCUCCAACAUCACGGUGGCCACACUUCUGCUGCCCAUCAUGGCCCAGCUGGCACUGAACACCGGCGUCCACCCCCUCUACUACAUGCUGCCCUGUACUCACGCCUGCUCGUUUGCUUUCAUGUUACCCGUGGCCACGCCCCCUAACGCCAUUGUCUUCUCGUACGGUCGCGUUCAAAUCUCGGACAUGGUUCGAACCGGCCUGGUGCUAAAUGUCCUGUCAGUUCCCAUCCUGAUAGCCAUCACGGGCACCAUCGGGACAGCACUCUUCGACUUUGACGAGAUGCCCAUAGCUUUUCUCAAUGAAAGUCUCCUGCGGGAAAACAUUGACACAAAAAACUUUGCAUAG